CAAAACACGACCGCUCAGCAAGCCAGUUGUCAAUAAAAAAAGAAGUGAUUUGUGAAGCUUAUUCUUUUUAUAACAAGAAAGAGGUAAUAUAAAAUGAUGAUUUUGGCGCCCUGGGCAAUUGCCCCCACUUGCACCCUAAGAUCCAGGCCGUGUUAAAAUUUGUUUUUUUUUUAUUGAAUGUUACUUCAUCUGCACAUGUAACUUCAAUCCAGAGUUGAUUAUAGAUUUUUGCAAACCUUAUUUUAAAAUUGCAUAUCAAUUCAUUACUUCUCAUAAAUGUCUGAUAAGUCGUUGUUGGCAACUUCAAUAAAGUAAUCAUAUAAGUGUUACCGUUAAAGUUAUAAAGUAUUUAUUUAAUUAUUUGGAAAUAUUAUUUCUAUCAAACUAAAAAAAAAUACAAAUCAUGCGCGAUACAUCUGUUUUCUAAUUUGUUAGUAAGCUUCAUGAUCCGAUGACAUGUGUUAAAAAGGACCUCUCCUUUUGUAAAGAAUUUAUGAAUAGCAACUUGGACAGCUAUUGCCAUAAAGUCUUAUCAUAUUCACAUAUGACAAUCAGCUGUCCACUAUUAAAAUUUGGACAUACAUAUAAUAUACAUUUAUUAUUUUCAAUUUAUUCGAUGUUAGAUUUCAAUAUAUUGAAUUUUUUUCGAUAUCGUUGUCGCCGUUUCUUUUGAUUUGAUUUUGUUUAUUCGUUUUGUUUCCUAAUAGAUUGAUCUUUUUUGGGCCGUUAUAUCGAUACAUCGGUUUUUGUGAUAUAUCGUACAUCCCUAUAAGCAUUGCUAUGCAAGCACGUUUUGGCGCGGCAUACUCAUCUCACACUCAUCUAUUGCCAGAGUAUCUUGUUCUGUGCCUAUUGCACUCUUGUCAAUAAAUAAUAGAAAGUAAUUAAUAUAGGUACACGAUAUUGUUCCGAUUGCUGGUCUAUAAAACUCAUUGAGAAAAAGUCAAAACAGCAGCGUUAAAGUGUAAGUAAAUACAUACAAUUAAUUAAAUCGUUAUUACUUUAUGAUCCAUUACUGUGCAAGAAAGACCUAAGAUCAUAACUUUUUUCGUGUUUGUAGAAUGCCUGCUCAAAGAAAAGUUUCCAUCCGACAGACCGAAAUUCUUAUAAGCUUUUUAGAAGCUAAUAAGGAAUUUGCAAAAGGACGCGACUCACAGCAAGGCGGUCUUUUAGGAAAAGUAGCCUGGGAGCGCCUUACAAAAAAAUUAAAUAGUUGCGGGAGCGGUACAACUAAAAGUGCCAAAGAAUGGAAAAUUUACUGGAACAAUGUCAAAUACAAAGUUCGCACGAAAGCAACCCAAAUUCGGCGUAGAACUGGAGGUGGUCUAGCCUUUGUGGGCGGUAAUUUGACACAUGAAGAAAGUCGCAUCUUGGGAAUACUGGGAAAUGAGAGUUUCAAUAGAGAAGAGUCCACGCAGAACCCUUUUCCAGAGUUCAAAACAGAAGAGCCAGCAGCCAGUAACAGCCAGGAAGGUAGAAUUAAUUAUAUUUUGCUAUACAGUGGGCCCCCGGUGAUCCAACAAAAGUUUUACAGGGCAGUGUCGGACCAUCGAGAACAAUAUGGAACUUAUGAUGCAAAAGAAAGAAAUGCCAUUAAAUCUCCAGUGUCAGUGCCAGAUACAGAUUCGCCAUCUCCAGCUUCGGGUCCAGCGGCUCCGCCCCCAGAAGAUGUAAGAUGUAUACCGGACAUACCUCCAUGGGCACGAGAAGUCGAGGAGAGGCAUGUUGCAGCCCAAGAAAGAACAGCAGCGGCUCUCGAGGGGAUGCUAGGUGUGCAAAGAGAAAUGUUAAGUAUCCUUAAAGCGAAAUUCCCAAUCUAA